AGUCACAGCUCUGGAUUGAUAGCAUACGUAUGCCCAAUGUCGUCCACAGCCCGGAACUUUCCAUUUGUCAGAUUGAGUGAUGGGAUAAACAUUCCACUGCUUGGGUACGGCUGUGGGACUGCCUGGUAUAAGAAGGCAACGGAUGAGAGUAUAGAUCGCGAACUUGUCGAUUCCAUAAAAACGGCUAUCCGAUUGGGAUACCGUCACCUUGAUGGGGCUGAGAUCUAUGGAACGGAGCCUGAAAUGGGUCUUGCCAUUAAAGAAAGUGGCAUUAAUCGGGAAGACCCAUUUGUGACGACGAAGGUGAAUACCAACAUCGCUGACAUCCCGGGGGCCAUCGAUCUGAGUCUUCGGAAGCUCCAACUCAGCUACGUCGAUUUAUAUUUGAUCCAUUCGCCGUUCUUUGCCGAGUCCGAUGGUGAUCUCCAGACAGCUUGGGCUGCCAUGGAACGGGUUAAGGCCGCUGGCAAAGCCCGGUCCAUAGGAGUUUCCAAUUUUCUCCAGGAGCACCUUGAAGCCAUCUUGGGUACAGCCACAACGCCUCCGUCAAUCAACCAGGUCGAGUUCCAUCCUUACCUUCAACAUGGUAGUUUGCUAGAAUUUCAUCGAGAGAGAGGAAUUACAACCGCUAGCUAUGGUCCCUUGACUCCGAUCAAUCGCGCCAGAGGCGGUCCCCUUGAUCAGAUGUUGUCCGGUCUGGCCAAAAAGUAUGCGGUCACUGAGGGAGAGAUAUUGUUGAGAUGGGUUAUGGAUUGUGGUUCCGUGGCGAUUACGACCAGUAGUAGAGAAUCCCGCCUGAGUAGCUACCUGCGUGCACUUGCCUUCGAGUUAACACCCAAGGAAGUUAACGAAGUGUCCAGUCUAGGCCAGCAGGCGCAUUUUCGAGCGUUCUGGCGGAAUAAAUUCGCCCCUUCCGACCGUUCAUAGUGGUAUUUAUGCAUUUGUACAGUGUGUACGAGGUCGAACGGUAACCUCUCACCAAUGAAUCUGAUUUCAGCUGGCCUGUACGGAGUAUCCUUGCCAAGGAACUCCACAAACAUCUACAUAAGUUAAUGUCUGCGUUGAGAGUUCGGACAGC